AUGUUGGCAUCAAGACUCCGGCCAUGUGCCACACAGUUCGGCAAGUUCGCGCUGCCACUACGAGUACAAUACUCCAGCGCGGCCGAGAAGACGUACGAACACAUCAAAGUCUCAACACCACGACCCGGAGUCGGACUCGUUGAACUCCACCGCCCGAAAGCCCUCAACGCCCUCUUCACGCCCCUCAUCCUCGAACUCAACUCCGCCAUGAAGUCCUUCGACGCCGACCCCUCCAUCGGCGCCAUGGUACUCACGGGCUCCGAGAAAGCCUUCGCCGCAGGAGCCGACAUCAAAGAGAUGUCGACCAAAAACUUCGCCGACUCCUACGGCGCCGACUUUAUCGAGUCCUGGUCCGAGAUCCCCAAUACGAUCAAGAAACCCGUCAUCUCCGCCGUCAACGGACACGCGCUGGGCGGGGGUUGCGAGCUGGCGAUGAUGUGCGACGUGCUAUAUUGCAGUGAAAAGGCGAACUUCGGACAGCCGGAGAUCAAGCUGGGGGUGAUACCCGGAGCGGGAGGUUCGCAGCGGUUGACGGCUGCGAUUGGCAAGAGUCGGGCGAUGGAGCUGAUAUUGACGGGAAAGAAUUUCAGUGGACGGGAGGCGUUUGACUGGGGGUUGGCGGCGAGGGUGUUUGCGACGCCGCAGGAGUGCGUGGACGGAGCGUUGGAUACGGCGGAGAAGAUUGCGAGUUACUCGAAGAUUGCGGUCAAGGCGUGCAAGGAGGUGGUGAACAAGAGUCAGGAUUUGGGGAUUAGAGAAGGUGUGGAGUUUGAGAGGAGGGUGUUCCAUGGGUUGUUUGGCAGUGAGGACCAGAAGAUUGGUAUGAAGGCGUUUGCGGAGAAGAAGAAGGCGGAGUGGGUUCACAGAUGA